AUGCAGGGGAUGGUCGAGUGUGACGUUGACCCUUGGUACGUUGGCAGGGCAGGCACGCGCGCACCCAAAACUAGAUGUCUGCAUUCAUCUUCCACCAGACAUAGCGCGACCCACGAGGAGGACCAAGAGAAGAUACAGAAGCAGCACGAGAACAACGAAGGAUCCUCAGCGCGAAAAAGGAUACGUGCGGCUAACUUCGAAGAAGUGGACAAGUGCGUUUACCGAUGGCUGUUAGAGGUGAGAUCUAAGGACAUACCCAUAUCGGGCCCUGUGUUGUGCGCAAAAGCAAGGGAGUUUGCAGUCAUGUGUGGUGUCGAAGAGAAAUUGAAAGGAACGCAGGAGUGGCUCCGAGCCUUUCGUGCACGGCAUGGCAUCGUCUUCAAGUGUGUGUCAGGAGAAGAGAGGUCGGCCCCUCAAGAUGAUGUGCAAGGUUGGCGAGACCAAGAAAUGAAACAGGUGCUGUCACAGUAUGCCCCAGAAGACAUUUUUAAUGCGGACGAGACCGCGCUGUUUUUCAAGCUGCUGCCAGAGUGUACGCUGGCAGUGAAGAAUGACAAUUGCAAGGGAGGGAAAAAAUCCAAGGAACGCAUUUCGGUCCUCCUUUGCUGUAACAUGACCGGGACAGCGAAGCUGAAGCCGCUAGUGAUAGGCAAGUCUCGAAAUCCACGCGCAUUCAAGAACGUACGCAGCCUCUACGCAGCCACGUACGCAGCGUAG